UACAAAGUUGAACUGUACAAUAUGUUAUUGUGGCUGAAUGCAAUCAACUCCCUGUGUUUAAAAGACUGAAUGCAGCCAUGUUCUACACCCAUAUUCAGGGGAAAAGGUUUUUUUCAAUAUGACGCCUGACAGUCUGUUCUCCCGAGGUCCGUGAAAGCAGCACCUGCGCGUGCGACCAUUCACGGCUCGGACGCCACAGCGUCCUUUAAAUUGUACACUGCGUGGACCACUGAUUGGCUACAGGAAUGCGACCACCCUGAGCAUUGUGGGCAGUGUGGUCCAACCCAGUGCAGACUUUCAUGGACGUUAUUCGGACAGCACGAAAUCUGCUCCGGACACUUGGUGAACUUCUUGAUAUUGCUUUUCUCACAAGCCAGCCUGAAGAAGGUUCGGUCAGAACCGAAACGUCGCGACUUUGGCUUGUAUUAUAUGUAUAUAGUUCAUUUUUGUAUUGAUUUAUCAACUUUGAGCAACAAUAAACCGCUCAGUGAUCAAAAUCAGUAUACGAGUUAUCCGUUAGCAUAGAGCUGCCUAGCAUCACCCACACGGUCGAGUGGGACCAGUGGAGAGAGCUAAAGGUAUUAGUGGACGCAUAACCAUGCCCACAUAUGCUACGGAUGGAGAGUGGACCCUCGUUCGGCGACGCAGGGGCCGGAGAGGGGACCGCGACUGGAGAGCUGAGGAGAUCGCACGCAGACCACCUCGCCGAAGCAGCUAUCCAUCUCGAGAGGGUCGGAGGACCUACACGGCGAUCAGGAGAGAUGAUCACCGCAGCGGUGAGUCAGACUUUUUCCACGCACCACAGCGAAAUCGGGGGAGAAACCAGCCGGCAGCAGACCGCUAUGCAGCCCGCCAGGAGAGCUGGAGAGGAGAUCGCGGCUGGGGAGCUGACGAGGACGCACGCCGACCACCUCGGCGCAGCAGCCAUCCAUCUCGAGAAGGUCGGAGGACCUAUGCGGCGGUCGUGAGAGAGGAACACCGCAACGGUCAGCCAGGCUUUUUCCACGCACCACAGCGGAACCGGGGGAGGGACCGUCCGGCACCGGACCGCUAUGCAGCCCGCCAGGAGAGCUGGAGAGGAGACCGCGGCUGGAGAGCUGAGGAGGACGUACGCCGACCACCUCGACGCAGCAGCUACCCAUCUCGAGAAGGUCGGAGGACCUAUGCGGCGGCCGUGGGAGAGGAUCACCGCAGCGACGAGCCGGACUUUUUCCACGCACCACAGCGGAGCCGGAGGGGAGAACAGCCGGCGACAGACCGCUAUGCAGCCCGGCAAGGAAGUCGGACCGGACGGGACCGACGAUUCGAACGGAGAACGGCUCGGGACAAUCGGACUAAAGGAUCACAUUCCAGCCCUCACCUCAGACAUUUUCACUACAGAAGAGGAUGACAUUCACUGGUCAUAUGGAACCUCAGAGGCAAUGUUACAACACUGGGAGAUGUAUGUAAAUGGGGAGUCCCCAUAAGCCUGACACAUCGGGAGGGGUCAAGUGAUUUACAGGUUGUUGAUGGUGUUAUGAACUUGUCUAAAAAAUUCCAUCCUUCCACUGCUCAGCGGAGCCUGCUGAAUAGAGGCCUGACUUUUAUCCCCACAAAAGGCUACAACAAAAAUUUACAAUUACAAUGCAAACAUGACAUUCAGCAGUACCAUAGGAGGAUCAAAUUGGCUGCCUUUUAUGGAGAUAAAAAUGAGACUCAAUCUCAGCCCUUCACUCCAAAGUCAUACUGGUCUCCGCCCAAUGCUCAGCUGCCACCCCAAAUUCUCGCUUUGAUCAAAGCUGAUAAUGAAUAUUUUCAAAACCAUUUUCAUGUAGAGCGAAUUAAGUCCAAUUUGACAAUAGAAGAGACAAAGGCUCUAACAGAAUUGAAAGAAAACAAACAAAUUAUUAUAAAACCGGCAGACAAAGGGAGCGCGGUUGUAAUUUUGGACAGGGACCAGUAUUUGGAGGAAGGCUACAGGCAAUUAAAUGACAAAACGUAUUAUUUGAAAUUAAAAAAACCCAUAUACCACGACACAAUACCAAUGGUGGAAAAAAUCAUUAAUAGCUUACACCAAAAGAAAUUUAUAAAUCUAAAACAGAAGAACUAUUUGCUGGGCUCCGCUGAACCAAGGGGAAGGCUCUUUUACAUGCUGCCUAAGAUCCACAAGGAUCCGGCGAAAUGGAGUGUCCCCUUUCAGGUGCCCCCAGGGCGACCAAUCGUCUCAGACUGUGAUAGUGAGACUUACUAUACAGCUGAGUAUCUGGAUUAUUUCCUGACUCCUUUAUCCACAAAACAUGCGAGCUAUAUUAAGGAUACAUAUGAUUUUGUGGAUAAAGUGAAGCAAAUAGAAGUCCCCAUCGAUUCUUUUCUGUUUUCCAUAGAUGUUGACAGCCUUUACACAAACAUUGACAUUGGUGAAGGCAUUGACUCCAUUAAGAGAGUCUUUCAAAAGUACCCGGAUAAGAGAAGGCCAGAAAAAGAAUUACUAAAACUUUUAGAAAUAAAUCUCACAAGGAACGAUUUUGAAUUCAAUGGUGACUUCUAUUUACAAGUCAAGGGUACGGCCAUGGGGAAGAAGUUUGCCCCAGCAUAUGCAAACAUCUUCAUGGCAGAGUGGGAGACGGCUGCACUGGAUAAAUGUAUUAAAAAGCCACUGCACUAUUACCGUUUUCUGGACGACAUAUGGGGGGUCUGGCAACAUUCUGAGCAGGAUUUUGAGAUGUUUCUGAAAACUUUAAAUGACCACAAUGCUUCUAUUAAGGUGAAAUCAACCAUCAGUAAGGCCUCUAUUGAUUUUCUUGACACGACCACCUUCAAAGGCCCAAAUUUCAUGAAUGACCGUAAAUUGGACAUAAAGGUCUUUUUCAAACCUACAGACACUCAUGCCCUCCUAUUUAAAACAAGUUUUCAUCCUAAACACACAUUUGCGGGAAUAGUCAAAUCCCAACUGUUAAGAUUCCACAGAAUUUGUACACAAAAGUCUGAUUUUGGAGCUGCUGUUAAGACCCUGUUCUCUGCUCUCUCCACUAGGGGGUACUGUUGGUCUUUCCUAAGGAGCUGCUUUAAUUCCUUUCUCCAGACAAAACCAAUUGACGUUUCCCCUCUGCUUCCAGUGGUCAUCACGUAUGCUCCUUUCACCUGCAAAUUGGUCAGGGCUAUCAAAAACAAUUUCCAGAGCCUAGCUCAGAAUGUACAGACACUUCACAAUCACAAGGUAAUUGCUGCUUUCAGGAGACAUAAGAACCUAGGUGAUCUCCUCAUUAGAGCCCAAAUUUCGCCUCUCUCUGUGCCUAGACGCAGAGAUCAGGGGCAAUUUUUCCAGCAUCGUAGGUUGGUGCGCAGCCAUUCUAAUGGCUCUGUUUUUCUGUCUUUGUGCAAAGGGACCCCGAGGUCCAAAAAUUGUAUAUAUUUGAUUACAUGUAAGAGAUGUGGAAUCCAGUAUGUGGGGGAAACGGGUAACACACUGCUGACUCGAUUCACUCAACACAGGUACAAUAUUACACAGAAAAAGAACACUCACACCUACCUGGUGAAACAUUUUUUAAUACAUGGUUGGAGCUCUGUCACAGCGACAGUUAUCCAAGUGAACUCGAGGUGGACAACGCAGCAGAGGAGGAGAACUGAGAGAGUUUGGAUAGCUAAACUGGAUACAGUUUAUCCAAACGGACUCAACGAAAAGGGAUUCAGGAGAUAUUGAUCCCACAGAAUGUAUAUAGUUAUUAUUCUAAUGUUUUCAAUUGUCAUUGCUGCCAUUGUUACUGUGUGUCUCACUCCCUUUCCACAAUUUCCUGGGGAGCAUCCCACCCCUCAAACUGACCCUAAACUUAACCUCAGUGACCCCUAGACAAAACUCAACUCCGGCCCUAAACCUAACCACUCGGACACCUAGUUGGAGAUGAGGACGGGGCAUACCCCCACCCCUGGGAUGGGCCCUAACCUUAACCCCUCCCC